GUCCCUUCCGGAGGUGCUGGGAGCGCUGGACCGGCUCCGCUACCCCAAGGACAGGAUCUCACUAUGGGUGGCCACCGACCACAACUUCGACAACACGAGCAGCAUGCUGCGAGAAUGGCUGAUCAACGUCCAGAGCCAGUACCACCACGUGGAGUGGAGGCCUCAGGACCACCCCAGGUGGUUCCAGGACGAGGAAGGGCCCAAGCAGUGGUCUCACGCCCGCUACGAAUACGUCAUGAAACUCCGCCAGGCGGCGCUGACCUCGGCGCGGGAGAUGUGGGCCGACUAUAUCAUGUUUAUAGACGCUGACAACUUGCUGAUUAACCCGGACACCCUGAACCUCAUGAUUGCCGAGAACAAGACGGUGGUGGCCCCCAUGUUGGAGUCCAGGGCGGCCUAUUCCAAUUUCUGGUGCGGAAUGACCAGCCAGGGAUAUUAUAGGCGCACCCCGGCGUACAUGCCGAUCCGACGGAGAGAACGCCGCGGCUGCUUCGCUGUCCCCAUGGUUCACUCCACCUUCCUUAUUGACCUGCGGAGGGAGGCCAGCCGACACCUGGACUUCUACCCACCCCACCAGGACUACACAUGGGCGUAUGAUGACAUCAUAGUGUUUGCCUACUCCUGCCGGCAAGCUGAUGUUCAGAUGUUCAUCUGCAAUAAAGAGGUUUAUGGGAACCUCCCAGUCCCUCUGCGAUCGCACAGCACUCUGAUCGAUGAAGCCGACAACUUCCUGCACACCAAACUGGAGGUCAUGGUGAAGGGUCCGCCUGUUGAGCCAUCGACUUUCCUUUCCCUUCCCCCAAAAGUACAGGAUAAGAUGACAUUGGAUGAGAUCUUCCUCAUUAAUUUGAAGCAUCGGAAGGAUCGGCACGAUCGCAUGAAGAGGGCGCUGUACGAGCUACAGAUUGACUACAAGCUUUCAGAUGCCGUGGAUGGCAAGUCAUUGAAUGACUCUCACGUGAAGACUCUGGGUAUAAAGAUGCUCCCCGGAUACAAGGAUCCUUAUCACGGCCGACCUCUAACACGAGGAGAGAUGGGCUGCUUCCUCAGCCACUACAACAUCUGGAAGGAGGUCUUGGAACGGUCGCUCGCCAUCUCCGCCGUGUUUGAAGACGACCUGAGAUUUGAAAUCUUCUUCAAGAGGCGGCUGGAGAACCUGCUGCAGGACGUGGAGAAGGCUAAGCUGGACUGGGACCUCAUAUAUCUGGGCCGGAAACGGAUGCAGGUAGAGGAGCCCGAAGAGUCCGUGCCCGGAGUCCGCAACUUGGUAGUGGCCGAUUACUCCUACUGGACACUGGGGUACCUGAUCUCUCUCCAGGGGGCAAAAAAGCUGCUGAAUGCCGAUCCCCUGACCAAGAUGCUUCCCGUGGAUGAAUUCCUGCCGGUCAUGUAUGACAAGCAUCCCAUCACGGAUUACUCCUCCCACUUCUCACCCCGGGACCUGCACGCCUUCUCCGUGGAGCCGCUGCUGCUAUACCCCACCCACUACACCGGAGACGAGGGCUACAUCAGCGACACGGAAACCUCGGUGCUGUGGGACAACGUGACUCAGCCCACCGACUGGGACAGAGCCAAGUCCCAGAAGACCCAACAACAGGAGAAGCUGCGCAGCGAAGCCGUAAACACCCCGUCUCUCCGCUCCCCGUUCGACAGCGCCGCCCGAGACGAGCUAUGACCUCAGUGCCGAGCCUGCCGACCCCAUCCGUCGCCUGAGCUCCGGGCGCAGGCCAGCGGUUUGGUUACUGACGGUGAGGAAAUGGGACCUUUCGUGACAGACCAAAGAACAUGCAGAUGCACGCGCCGUAUGGGUGACUACUCCUCGGCUGAGGUGACAUGGAACGGCCCAGCUGGGAGCAGAGCUCUCUCUGAGGGACGCAUGGUCUUUUUUUAGUAAGGUCGGGGUUUCUAAUAAUAAUAUUUAUGUAAAUGCUGAUAAUCCCCAUCUGCCGCAUCUCUGU